AUGUCAAGCAUAAUUUCAGCACAGACUUUCGUCAUUUGCAUAGAUUUUGUUAUUAUCGCUUACUGUUACUUACCUUUGAAAAAUACUGAAAGUGGUGAAUUUGGUCUCAAAGACAAAUAUGGCAUGCCGUGCUUAUUGCUGAAAUUCUCAGCUCAGUUAUAUAAUUUCAACUUAAAUGGUACAAAUAUUGCUGCUAAGGUACCCGAAUUAACAUCACCGGAAGUGAAAUUGAGUGGAUACUGUGGUAGUAGUGAUGACAUAAACAACAGUAAAGUUGAAUUUAAGGCAAGUUGGAAAAGAGAGGGACGGAGGAAGCAACUUAUCUUAUCCUUCGGAACGGCUUAUGUGGAAGAUCCAGUAAAUCAUCUAAAAAUGCUUCGGUGGCAAUUGAAAAUGGUUACCUAUUCUGAAUCAUAUUCGAGGCAAUCGGUCGAAUUUUCAUCGAAAGAAGUGAUGAUGAGUGCUCCGCUGAAGCAGAAAUUUAUUUGCCACGACAAACUAAAUCUGACACUUACUAAUAGACAUUUCAAGGACUAUAUCCUCGAGCUGAAUCCAGAAAUUAGUGCGCAACCGUACCAAGUCACUGGCAAACAUCCAAACCUAUUCAUCUGUGGCAGCACACGGCGACGAACGCUGGCGAAAAGUUUUGAGAGUCGGAUGACAAUUUUUUCUGGAAUAGUCCUUUGCAUAACAUCGAUUUCGCUGAUAGUUGGAUACAGUUUCCGACGACAGUCACAUCCUACUAGAAAGAAACUUUAUGAAUCACUCACUUAA